AUGUCCGACUGCAACCCUAAACUUGUACCAGCCGAACCAGGUGUUCGCCUUAGUGCCGACAUGAAUCCACAAAAUUCAGACGAGGAAGAAAUUAUGGCCAAAGUUCCCUAUCGCGAGGCCAUUGGCUCACUUAUGUAUUUAAUGGUAAUGACGCGUCCUGAUAUUGCCUUUGCGGUGAGCCAAGUAGCUCAAGACUCAGAGAAACCAGGACCACACCACUGGAAUGCAGUCAAAAGAAUUCUUUCCUAUCUGUCUAGCACCAUCCACUACGGACUUUGCUUCGGCCAAAAGAAUUCUCUGGUACUAACUGGCUUCACCGAUGCAGUUUACGCUGGCGACACCAACAGACGGCGAUCGACAACUGGCUAUCUAUUCUUACUGAACGGAGGGCCGAUUGUAUGGUCAAGCCGACGUAAAACAUGUACGGCCCUCUGA